GCUGUCGCCCCAUUCGUCUCCCGUCCACAAGACACGACAGAGAUGGCGCAGGCGAUGGCUUCCAUGGCGGGCUUACGGGCUUCGUCGCAGGCGCUGCUCGAGGGGAGCCUUCAGGUGAGCGGCUCGAGCAGGCUAUCCAUCCCCGGCGGGAGCCGCGUGGCUAUCGCGCGGCCUGGGUUCGUCGUCCGAGCCCAGCAGCAAGUUCCGUCCGAGGGAGACGCCGCCGCCGCCGCCGUCCAGAGCGGCCGCCGCACCGUGCUUGGACUCGUGGCUGCAGGAAUCGCCGGAGCUUCCUUCACCAAGGACGUGCUCGCCGUCAAGUCCAUCAAAAUCGGACCGCCGCCUCCGCCCUCUGGCGGCCUCCCCGGGACCAAAAACUCCGAUGAGCCGCGAGAAGUGGACCGACCACUGAAGGAGAGAUUCUAUAUUCAACCUCUACCUCCAACUGCAGCAGCUGCAAGGGCGAAAGACUCGGCCAAGGAUAUCAUUAAUGUUAAGCCAUUGAUCGAUAAGAAGGAAUGGCCCUAUGUUAUGAACGAUCUCCGCCUCAAGGCAGGAAUUUUGCGUUUUGAUCUUAACACCGUCAUCUCUGCAAAAUCAAAGGAGGAGAAGAAGCUGCUUAAGGAUCUCACUGGAAAGCUCUUUGCAGCCAUCGAUGGGCUUGAUCAUGCUGCAAAGAUCAAGAGCACUCCAGAAGCUGAGAAAUAUUAUGCAACCACCAAAACUCUCCUUGAUGAUGUCCUCUCCAAGUUGGGCUAGACCGCUGGAGGUCAAUCUUGUUCUUCUGUUUGGUACAAUCUCUGUGAAUUCCUUCCUGGUGAACCAGUCAUGGAUGUAAUUUCUAGCAACUAAGAUUAUGAAUGCUGGCUACUGAUAAGAUUUUGAUGCUUUUAUGAGAUUCUCA